AUGCAAUUCACCAUCUCUCUCCUGCUGCUGGCAGCUCUCACCACCAGCUGCCUCGCUCGGGUGCAGGGCCACGCGAGACGCCAGACGUCCUCAUACUCCACCGCUGGCUUUGGUGGCUCUACCUCCGGCUCCGGCUCCGGCAACACCUACGAGGGCAACGUCGGAAACCCCUGGGGCAGCAACAUCAUCGAAGUCUCCGCCUCCGAGGCGUCGAGCUACCAGUACGUGGCCCAGAUCACGGGCCAGAACUCCGAGGACUGGACCAUCGUCUUCUUCAACAAGUACGGCCCCGAUAACCAGAUGGACGGCUGGUACGGCCACUCGGCCCUCACCCUCACCCUGAGCCCCGGCCAGACCCGAUACGUUGCCUUUGACGGCAACAGCAACGGCGGCUUCGCUGCGGCGCCGGGCUCGUCGAUCCCUACCGACGCCAAUGGCGGAUACUCCAGCACCUGGGGGGAAUUCGACUUCGGCAGCACCGUCAACAACGGCUGGUCGGGCUUCGAUGUGUCCGCGAUCAUGGCCCAGAACGCCGGCCUGACCGUGCAGGGCAUGCAGAUCUGCGAGUCGGUCAGCGCGGUCUGCUCGAGCAUUACUCCCAACGCGGCCUCUGUGAACAACGCCUAUACGAGCGCCGAAACGGCUGUGGGGGGGAUCGGGGGGAAUAUCUCUGAGAACCGCGCCAUCACGCUCAACGUCGUUAUCGACUACCAGGGUUAA